AUGUGCAUAAUAAAAUGUUUUGGAAUUACUCAAGAUCCUAUUACUAACAAUUAUACGUUAGUAUUACAAUAUAUGGUAAAUGGCGAUUUACGAAAAUAUCUUAAACGAACUGCUAAUAUAAUUACAUGGGAUCAAAGACUAAAUAAAAUAUAUGAUAUCUGUCUUGCACUUAAUAAUAUUCAUGUUCACGAGUUAAUUCAUAAAGACCUUCACCCAGGAAAUAUUUUCAUUGGUUCUACAUUCGCAUAUAUUGGAGAUUUUGGAUUUUGCAUGCCAGCAAAUGAAAUUUUAUCAAAUUCUACCAAAAAGAAUAUUUAUGGAGUAAUGCCAUAUAUGGCACCUGAAAUAUUACGUGGAAAACCACAUACAUUAGCAUCUGAUGUAUAUUCAUUAGGUGUGAUUAUAAAUGAAAUAAUUACAGUAAUUCCUCCAUUCAAUAAUCAACCACAUGAUCAUUAUCUCGCACUGGAUAUUUGUCGAGGUUUACGUCCAAAUAUUAGAGAAGAAACUCCAACUUCUUUAGAAAAUUUAAUUAAAAAAUGUUGGGACGCAAUUCCAGAAAACCGACCAACUUCUGAAGAAGUAUUUCAUACAUUAUCAUAUCAUUUAAAUGCAUACAAAAGUAUUCCAUUAAAAAGAUUAUCAUAUAAUUUUAAUGAAUCACAA